GAAAGUAACAUCAUAUUAAACUGUCAAAUUAUCAAACAUAACAUACUGUGAAAUCUUAAGUAAACGAAUAAAUAAUGGCUGCGGUUGGAAUUGAUUUAGGAACGACAUAUUCCUGCGUGGGUGUUUGGCAACACGGCAAUGUUGAUAUAAUAGCGAACGAUCAAGGAAACAGAACAACACCUUCGUACGUUGCCUUCACUGAUACUGAACGCCUCAUCGGUGACGCAGCGAAGAACCAAGUGGCUCUGAAUCCGAGCAACACAAUAUUUGAUGCUAAGCGUCUCAUUGGACGCAAGUAUGACGAUCCUAAGAUCCAACAAGAUCUCAAACAUUGGCCUUUCAAAGUUGUCAACGAAGGAGGAAAACCUAAAAUACAGGUUACGUAUAAAGGAAAGACUAAGUGCUUCGCUCCUGAAGAGAUCAGCAGCAUGGUACUCAUCAAGAUGAAGGAUGUCGCCUCAGCGUACUUAGGGAAGUCAGUGACAAAAGCAGUAAUUACAGUGCCGGCCUAUUUUAAUGAUUCGCAGAGACAAGCCACUAAAGAUGCUGGAGCCAUUGCCGGCUUGAGCGUCCUUCGCAUUAUAAAUGAACCUACAGCUGCUGCUCUUGCUUAUGGUUUAGACAAAAAUCUAAGAGGUGAGCGUAAUGUGCUCAUCUUUGAUCUCGGAGGCGGGACAUUCGAUGUGUCUGUACUAACCAUUGAUGAAGGCUCUCUAUUUGAAGUUAAAUCAACUGCUGGCGAUACACAUCUUGGCGGUGAAGACUUUGAUAGUAGGCUGGUUAAUUUUCUUGCUGACGAAUUCAAAAGAAAGCAUAAGAAAGAUUUGAAUUCCAAUCCAAAAGCGCUAAGACGUCUUCGCACGGCCGCUGAGAGGGCCAAACGGACGCUGUCAUCCAGCACGGAGGCUAGCAUUGAGAUCGAUGCUUUAUACGAAGGUAUAGAUUUCUUUUCAAAAGUAUCAAGAGCACGGUUUGAAGAACUGAACUCUGACUUGUUCCGAACAACUAUAGAGCCUGUUGAGAAGGCUUUGAAUGAUGCUAAGUUAGAUAAAAGUUGCAUACAUGAUAUCGUUCUAGUCGGGGGCUCGACACGCAUCCCAAAAAUACAAAGUUUGCUACAAAAUUUCUUUAAUGGAAAGAAGUUAAACUUAUCCAUUAAUCCCGACGAGGCGGUAGCUUACGGAGCAGCCGUGCAAGCCGCUAUACUAAGUGGGGAGCGUCACAAAAAGAUCCAGGAUGUUCUGCUGGUCGAUGUAGCUCCACUAUCCUUGGGCAUCGAAACAGCCGGUGGCGUUAUGACUGCUAUCGUUGAACGCAAUGCUAAGAUACCUUGCAAGCAUUCGCAAACCUUCACGACGUAUUCCGACAAUCAGUCAGCAGUAACCAUUCAAGUUUACGAAGGCGAAAGAGCGAUGACGAAGGACAAUAACUUGUUGGGAACAUUUGACUUGACUGGAAUACCUCCAGCACCGCGUGGCGUGCCUCAGAUAGAUGUUGCUUUUGAUUUAGAUGCAAACGGCAUCCUGAACGUGUCCGCUAAAGAAAACAGUACAGGCAAGAGUAAGAAUAUAAUUAUAAAGAACGAUAAAGGUCGUCUCUCUCAAGCUGAGAUAGAUAGAAUGUUGUCUGAUGCUGAGAAGUACAAGGACGAUGAUGAAAAGCAGCGGGAGCGUGUGGUAGCGAGGAAUAAACUGGAGAACUACGUGUUCAGUGUGAAGCAGGCCACUGAGGAAGUAGGAAGUAAGUUGGAUGAAAUGGAGCGCUCGAAGAUCCGCCGCAAGUGUGACGAUACUCUGCGCUGGCUGGAGGCCAACAGCCUGGCUGAGAAGGACGAGUACGAGGACAAGUAUAAGGAGGUCUGCAGGGAGUGCGCGCCCAUCAUGAGGAAGCUGCACGGCGGGAAGCCCGGCAAGGGCGGCAGCGACGGACCAACCAUCACGGAAGUUGAUUAAACCAUUUAGUCUAAUGUAAUGUUUUGGUUUUCUUGUUAUUAAAUAUUUAAAUUUAA